CCGCACAGAGGGUUGGCAUGCUUACCAUCACCAUUGUAGCUAGCCAAGUCCCUGUAUUUACUUUACAACCCGUCCUGCAUCAGGACAAAUAGAAACCCGAAAGAGCUUAUUGGACUGGGAAGAGUACAGACCAUAUUUAUCGACUCACCCGAACCAACAUGUCCACCGUGCGCGAGCUAGACCUCAUAGGCAAGGUGGCCGUCAUCAGCGGUGCCUCUCGCGGCAUCGGGCGCGCCAUUGCCUUCAACCUCGCUUCUCGAGGUUGCUCCAUCCUCGGAACCUGCACGGGUGAUAAGGGCGUCAAGGCUAUCUCAUCACACUUGAAUGACGAGAUGACAACCCGCGUCUUUGAAGCCACAUCGAGAGAGCGACCGGAGACCCUUCAGAUCAAAGGACUUGUCGCGAACAUCUUCUCCCACGAUUGCGCAAGCACCAUCGCCAACGAGGCCAGAGAUUCGUUCAACGGCCGAGUCGAUAUCUUUGUCAACUCCGCCAGCGAUCCCAUGCCGGGUAUCAUCGGCGAGAUGGGAACCGACGAAAUCCAGCGCAGCCUCCUGGCCAACAUCCAAACCCCAGUCAUGAUCGUGGAGGAGCUUGUACGCAGGCGCUACUUCCAGCCCGACAGCCGCAUCAUCUACAUCUCGUCCAUCCGGUCGCGCCAGCCCUGGAGCGAUCAGCUCAUGUACGCGGCGGGAAAGUCGGCCGGCGAGUCGCUGUGCCGGACCUGGGCGCAGGCCUUUGGCGGCAAGGACGAGAGAUAUUCUUUCAUGUCCGGCACAACAGCGAAUGCCGUCACAGUCGGUCUGACCGAGACCGAGGCUGUCGUCAACUGCGGACCGGAGGCGGUCAAGAUGUUCCAGGAUGAGUUCUUCCCCGCGCAGAGCAUCCCGCGGUUUGGACAGGCCGAGGAUGUGGCCGACGCCGUGGGGCUUCUGUGUGGUCGCGAUGCUAGGUGGGUCACAGGCUGUGUUAUUAGCGCCAGCGGAGGCGGCAUCAAGACCGGGUGACAAGCUGUAGGCGGUCGCCGUGUUCCCUUGCGGGGAAAAAUAGAAAAGGAGAGAACUGAGAAAAGCUGCGACUUGGUAACGGCCGAAACAGGUUUCGUUCUGUCUCCUAUCCCAAAGUAUAUGUGCAGGUGACAACUACUACCUAAGCUUGGGGUAUUGCCUCUCUAGGUUCUAGAGCCUAGAACGGCAUGGCCGUGUUGGCCGUGUCAAUGGUACCGUUGGCUCGGCGAAAUGUAGUCGGUCGAGGGGCUAGAGUGGUCGCCAAUUCUGUGUAUGAUUCCAGAGCGGCAUGGUGGCCUGAUACUUUCAGCCGCCUAGCGUCCCACAUCACCAGUCCCCACUGGCGAAAUGAGUCGGGGAAGUGGUAUUUGCCAAAGCGGUUGCUCGCUACUCGGCGCCAGAAUAGCACCCAGGCAGCCGAGGGCGAUUCCGUUGUAUCCUGGAC